AUGCCAAAGAACAAGGGAAAGGGUGGUAAGAAUCGGAGACGUGGAAAAAACGAGAACGACGACGACAAGCGCGAAUUGGUCUUUAGAGAGGAUGGACAGGAAUACGCUCAAGUCACUAAGAUGCUUGGUAAUGGUCGGUUGGAAGCACAAUGUUUUGAUGGGGAGAAGCGAUUGGCGCACAUCCGGGGCAAGAUGAGGAAAAAGGUGUGGAUCAAUCAAGGAGAUAUCAUCCUCCUUUCCUUGCGAGAUUUCCAAGACGACAAAGCGGAUGUGAUCGUCAAGUAUACGGCUGACGAGGCGAGAAGUCUGAAAGCCUAUGGUGAGCUGCCAGAAAAUGCGAAGAUCAACGAGACAGAGACAUUUGGCGACGAAGAAGGCGAAUGUACCUUCGAGUUCGGUGAUGAGGGUGAAGUUGACAUCGACGAUAUUUGA